AUGCACAGCUAUGCCGGAUAUAGUGUAGGACGGACUGAUGGAAUAGGCGGCGGACACGAGUCAUUCCGUUUCGCCUUGCAGAAUCAGGCCACACACUCCUUGCGAUCCCAGCAGGAAGCUCCUGUUGAGGAGGACGAUGACUGGAGUGAAGAUUCCUCCAUUUUUCAGGGACAGGUGCCCAAGGUUUGGUUGGUGUCUGAAAGUGGCUCUUCCGCGAACAUCUCUGAACAGAGGGGUGCUGCCACCGCGGACAAGUCUAGCAGUUCUGCCUCCUCCGGUGGUGGCACCAAAAGCCAAAUUGCCAUAGGAGCAGGUACCAGCCGAUCCUCUCAGGCGGCUUCGGCUUCUCCAUUGCGGCCCAGGCUUUCAGCAGAAAGGUUUGAUGAGGCAGAAUCGUCAAUGGCAAGGGUCGAGGAAGCACCAAAGGAGGAAGCACCAAAGGAACACGUCACACCCGAGGUGCGACGGCGUUGCCUUGAUAUCUUAAACAACCUUCCCAAAGAUGAGGCGGGACGUUUGACAUCCCUUGGAAGUGUCCCACAUGAAGAUGGUCAUUGCAAGCCGUGCGCAUAUUGGUUCAAAGGUCUCUGCAAGAACGGUGUAGCGUGUCACAACUGUCACUUGGUACACGAAGGACAAAGACCUAAGCGUUUAAGGCCCUCGAAACAAGCCAGAAUGCAGCUUGUGAAAG